AUGAUGGACUCUACACUUGCCGAUGAAAUGGGAUUAGUUGGUCCUAUAGUACCGGUAACGUAUCGUUGGACAAACGGAAUCUCGCACAAGGACGAAGAAUCGACGGUGAUCUCCUUUUUAAUAUCAGGGCCUUCCCAACAAGCAAAAUGGUUCCAAUUGAAUAAUGUUCGUACGAUUCAGAAUAUGAACCUGCCACGUGUCAACUUUGAUCUGGAAAAGAUUAAAAAAGAUGGCAAAGUACAAGCAUUGCGUCGUCUGCAGAUAAUGGAAAGAAAAAUGGAUGGUGAUCCAAAAUUUGCUGAGAUGUACUGCAAGAAAAUCAAUGAUUAUCUCCAAAAAGGCGUUGCGAGUGGUAAUAAGUUUCGAUUGGUGAUGGACGCGAAAGCUAAGUCAAACGGUUUUUCAUUAAACGACCUAUUGCUGAAAGGUCCAGAUUUUGUACCCCCUCUGACUGCGGUAUUGAUGCGAGGAAGAAAGAAAAAGGUGGCGUUCUUGGCAGACAUAACAGAAAUGUUUCAUCAGGUACAAAUUCGCGAAGAGGAUCAACAUUCACAGCGUUUUUUCUGGCGUGGCAUGAAUCGAACCGAUCCACCUGAAAUGUAUACGAUGACGGCUAUGAUUUUUGGUGCGGUAUCAUCUCCGUCCAUAGCUCAGUAUAUAAAAAACUUUAAUGCAAAAGAACUUGAAGAACGUUUACCAGGAGUACAACGAGCCAUCGUGGAGCAGCACUACGUAGAUGAUUAUUUUGAUAGUGCUGAUACCGACGAAGAAGCUAUCGAGUUGAUCGAUCGCGUAAUCACGGCUCACGACCAUGGCGGUUUCAAAUUGGGGAAAUUUGUCUCGAACUCAGACUCUGUCAUACAGUCAUUGGAUCCUGAGUUGAAAGCCAAUGUUGAUAAACCAGAUGACGUGAAAGUUUUGGGUUUGAGAUGGAACGUUGCGACUGAUGAAAUUGUUUUUCCGUUGGACUUUCCUAAGCUAGGCGAUAUUCUUCGAUCCACUGAUAUGAUUCCCACCAAGCGAGAGCUAUUGAAGUUUAUGAUGGGAAUUUUCGAUCCGUUAGGAGUGCUUAGUCCGGUAACAAUCCAUUUAAAAAUUCUGUUUCAAGAUUUGUGGCGCUUGCAAAUCAAUUGGGAUGAUGAGAUUCCUGAUGGUUUCAUUCCGAAAUGGGCAGAGUGGUUAGAGGAAACAGCAAAGUUACGUGAUGUCAGAAUUCCCAGGUAUUACUUUCCGGAGCUUCCAUCGUUUAACAACGUCGAGCUGCAUGCUUUUUGCGACGCGAGCGAUAAAGCUUUUGCCUGCGUGAUUUUCAUGGUACACCGAAAUCCGAACAAAAGCUAUGUGACUCAGGUAUGUGCGAAAUCAAGGGUCGCUCCGUUGAAAUCGCAAACGGUUCCACGACUUGAACUUCAAGGUUGUGUCUUAGCUAGUCAGGUGAUGAAGAUGGUGCAGGAAGAGAUGAAGGUUGAAGUGACCUCAAUUCAUUUUUGGACUGACUCGAAAAUUUGUCUUGGUUGGCUUUCGACAACGGAGAAACUAACUGCCUACGUUGGAUCCCGUGUAUCUAAAAUAAAAGAGAACGGUCAUCAUACGGCAAUGUGGCACUGGAUUCCGUCGUAUCUUAAUGUUGCUGAUUUAGGAACAAAAUGUUCGAAAUUCGCCAACAUAGCGGAAUGGUUGAAAGGCCCCGAAUUUCUAGCUCAAGAACGUAAGUGUUGGCCAGCUCACGACGUGGUAGAUUUGACUUCGGAAGAAUCCAACAAUUUUCACGACGAGCUUGUCUGUAUCCGUGAUGAAGGUUUAUGCUACCAGAUUGCUGAAACGAUUGACCUCCAACUUCCCGACAUCAAAAGGUUUUCCGAUUACAACAGACUGAUUCGAGCGACUGCGUAUUACCUGAAAAUGAAAAAAAUACUUGCCCUUCCUAAAAAAGAAAAGCCUGAAACAUUCAAGAUAGACGUUCACGACAUGAUCAAUGCUAAAAAUGCUUGGUACAAGAAGGUGCAGAUGGAAUGUUUUGCAGAAGAACGACGGUGCCUAGAAACUAAAGGUUUUGUGAAAAAGUCGAGCCGUUUAUUUUCACUUUCGCCAUUCAUCUCCGAUGGCAUUAUUAGAAUGCAGGGACGCAUCCAGGAUGAUGGGCAUCCUUUUGGAAUGAAUAACCCUGUAAUACUACCCGACAAUCAUGACUUUACAAAUUUGCUUAUACGGAUGUAUCACAUCGCAAACUGUCACCAAGGAGUGGAUACUGUUGUGGGUAAUUUGAGAUUGCGGUAUCGCAUAUUAAAAAUCCGAUCGCAGGUAAAAAAGUACCCUCAUGUAUGUGUAACAUGUCGUGAACUUCGUGCAAAACCGACCGUACCGCAGAUGGGAGAUUUACCAAAGAUUCGUACGACACCGUUUGUUUACCCUUUCACUCACACUGGAAUUGACUAUUUUGGUCCGUUAACCAUUAAAGUUGGACGUCGCCUGGAAAAACGCUGGAUUGUGUUAUUCACCUGCAUGACGAGUCGAGCAGUGCAUUUAGAAAUUGUACCGUCCCUGGACACAAACAGCUGCAUUAUGGCUAUAAGAUGUUUCAUGGCUAUUCGUGGUGUACCCCAAAAGAUCAACACAGAUAAUGGUACAAACUUUACUGGGGCCGAUCAAGAAUUGAAACGGUUGACUAAGGAGCUUGAUCACCAGCAAAUCGAGGAAACAUUGAGCGUCCGAGGUGUGGAGUGGUCAUUUAUACCUCCAGGAGCUCCUCAUUUCGGCGGAUGCUGGGAACGCUUGGUUCGUUCAGUGAAAUCCGCCCUUGGUACAAUGUUGAAAGAGCGACAUCCAACUGAUCUUGUGCUACGAACAGUACUAUGUGAAGUUAUGAACACCAUCAACAACCGCCCUUUAAUACCCAUAUCAGACAAUCCGCAAGAUCCUGAGCCGCUAACACCGAAUAUGUUGUUGCUGGGGCGAAACAAUUUCAUGCAAUACGAUCAUGAUUUUGAGGAACGAGAUUUGGACUGUAGAGCUGCACCGGUAACAAAAAUCAUUCUAUUAAUACCUAAAUCCGUGGCUGCCCCGGAGGAUGUUAGAAAUUAG